AUGUCAGACGACACUUGUCUUCCUAUUCAAAUCUUUAAACAAAUCCACCAUGUCACUAUCAUCCAGAACCCAGACAUUAGAAGUAUCAAAGGCUCUCUUCUCAUCUUCCCAGACUCUGAAAAGACCAAUUUUACUUUCCAGCCACGUCAUCAUGAAAAACACCCCUUUGCUGUGGUUAUCUCACAAGACAAUGUAAAGCGAGUUAUUAUUGAACAUAAUAAAGACACCUUAUCAAAUGAAGCAUUCUUCUUCUUCUUUGAUGAGUCGAAGUUCAGAGCCACUGAAUUUGUAUUUAAGAAACAAACGGAGUUUGAGGUCUUUCUUGAACUAUUCAAAAAGAAUUGGAACAACUUGAUUCUAGUGGACUCUUAUGAUGAAAAAAUGAUAUUUGAGUCGAAACACGUCUCCUUUGAAUUUGGGGAGAAUGUCGAUUAUAACAAACUCGUCGAAGACUUCAAGACAUCACAGACGAAUGACUUCCUCCCAGUGACUAAAGACAACACUAAAACAACUCGAAGAUUUAAGAGUCAAAGAGGAAUACCCCCUUUGAAACUUCCAGAUGAAAAACCAGAGGAGAUGGCUGAGAUGAAUUCAAGGUCUUUAUCAAUGUCUGUUCCCAAGACUACACGUGGGGAACGUAAUAAAGAAUUUGAUGCAGAGGACAAACAUGUAUUAAAGAAUGUCACUGAAUUAUGUAUUAACCCUGUUAAAAAAGAUGAAGCGAAUAUCCCUAUUGACAAGUUGAGGCAGAUGGUUGGGUACUAUGGAGUCGACCAGAGUAUUAGAACAGAGACGUGGAGGAAGUUGUUCAACUAUAAAUACAAAGACACAUAUUGGAGUGCUUUAGCCUAUGUUGAUAUGAUGAAUCAAUUUAACACGCCAACGUGGCAAGUUCUGAAAUACAAAUUGUCGAAGGACUUACCACGCACUGAGGUGAAUGGGAUCUUUAUUAAACCGGAGACAGAGAUGUGGAAAAAGAUGGAAAGACUCUUCUUAGCAUUUGUAGCUAUGCGACAAAUCUCUUUAUUUAUUCAAGGCCUUCUUGAGAUCUUUUCUGUUAUCGUGUCGUUUGAGAAGAGAGAAGACGUAGCUUUUGAGUUGAUUUGUAAUGUCAUGGAGUUAGUGAUACCAUGUGGGUAUGAACAUCAUGAUGAAUGGAAGUCUUUGAUCUUAUCACGUUUUAUGAAGAUCCUCCAAUACUCGAAUCAAAAGAUAUAUCACCUUCUGACCUCUUUUAAAAUGGAGUUUUGGUUUGUGUGGAAAUGGAUAGUCUUGUUAUUCAAAAGAGAAUUUGAGCAGCCACAACUCUUAUUGAUCUGGGAUAGAUUUGUAGCAUUCCCUGAAAGACAAAUGAGUCUCUUUUUAGUGGUAAGUAUUAUUAAUUAUCACUCAGAUGAUAUUCUGAAGAAGAAUAUGGGCUUCGACGACUUCUGUGUGUACUUAGAAAUGCUUCCAAAACCUUUCCCUUCAGAAUUGAUCAUCGAAGCUGACUUACUUCAUAAGCAAUUCGUGAUGUUAGCUCCACCAGACAUACAAAAAGAGGUCUUUGAGAACAUCCCAAUGUUAUAUGCCGACGAGACUCCACUUUACAUUCAACUCCACACCACUUUUUUAAAUCUUUCUGACGAUAAAAAGGAUCAAGUAGUCAACAAAAUUGGGAUCUGUCCCCACUUCUCAAUAGUUCAACCCGAUGCCACAACAGAAGAGAUCUUAAAAAGAAUCGACGAACAAGUCGCUUUCCACAUAUGGAUCAGAGAAUUCAAGAAGUUCCUCACAACCAAUCCCUCCUUUUAA